AUGUUACAUUCCAUUCGCCCGGUUCUUUUCUCGAAUGAUAUAACCGAUUCUUUCCCAUACUGGCUGAGAACAGCCCCGCUAAGGGCUCUGAAUCUGGGUAAAAACAACUUGCAUGGUCUCGUCGGACCUGAUCCUUUGGAACUUAACUUCCCUCAUCUCUACUUCCUGGACAUCAAGAUGAAUAACUUCGCUGGCAGCUUGCCAUCCAAGCAUUUUCUGCAAUCAAACUUGACAGAUAUUGACUUAUCGAUCAACAAGUUUGAAGGUGCUCUGCCGAUCUUACCACCCAGAGUUGAAAUGUUUGUCAUCUCAAGCAAUAGGUUCACCGGAGAGAUUCCUCUUCUGUUAUGCAAUUCUACCAAUCUCGUGAAACUUGAUUUGUCAAACAAUAGCUUGACCGGCAGAAUACCUCAGUGCCUUAUGGAUGGGAGUGCCAGUGUAUUGGACUUAGACCUAUCUAUGAAUUCCUUUCGAGGCCCAGUACCUGAAACAUUAUCAGCUCCGAACAACUGCAACUUUACAACUAUCGACUUAUCACAAAAUCAUUUAGGAGGCAAAUUGCCAAGGUUCUGGGCAAACUGCAGCAAGCUGGAAAUUUUAGAUCUCAGUAACAACGAACUCCAGGAUUCAUUUCCCAGUUGGCUUGAAGUUCUCCCAAGCCUGUACAUUCUGGCUUUAAGGUCGAACAAGUUCCAUGGUCUAGUAAAUACUAGUGGAUCGCCUCAACCCUUUUCCAAGCUGCAAAUUUUUGACCUCUCCAAUAACAAUUUCCAUGGUGCUUUCCCAACCCAAUAUGUCGCUAGUUUCAAAAGCAUGACAAGUGGAGAUGAGAAACGAGGGAACUUCGUUCAUCAGGCAAGGGGCAACCAAAUCUUUCAGAGUGCUAGUGUGAUUGGGAAAGGGGUUACGCUAGAGUUGAUUAAAAUUCAAAAAGCAUUCUCCAUCAUCGACUUAUCGUGUAACCAUUUUCAAGGGAAGAUACCUGAUGCGAUCGGGGAUCUAAAAUUACUCACUGGCCUCAACUUCUCUCAGAACAACCUCACAGGCGCCAUCCCAUAUUCAUUUGGGAAUCUGACUAAUCUUGAAUGGAUAGACCUCUCGCUGAAUAAUCUCUCUGGAGAGAUCCCUGGCUCCUUAGCUGAUCUAACAUCACUGGCAUACUUAAAUCUCUCCGUGAACCGGCUCAUGGGACCCAUUCCUAAGGGCAAACAGUUCAACACAUUCAAGGGCGACUCCUUUGGGGGAAAUCCCGGGUUGUGCGGAUUUCCAUUGCCAAGAGAAUGCAGAGAGGAUGCAAACAAACCGGCACCGUCAACUCGUGCAGAAGAAGAAGAUACGGAGAAGGGAAGUUGGAUCGAAUGGCAGGCAGUACCAAUGGGUUAUGGAUGCGGGACUGCAUUCAGACUUUCAGCAGGAUAUAUCAUGCUUCAUUUCCGCAGACCUCUAUGGCUCAUGAGGAUGAUGGAGAGAAGAAUAUACAAGCUGCAAAGGAGAGCUAGAAGAACUCGUGGAAGGUGA